AUGACCUCCGACGAUGAGGAAGAACUGCAGACUUCUUCCGCUACUAAAGAUGUGAGUUUUCCACUUGAGGUGUUCGAAAUUACUUUAGGUCACCAGGUUACGAGCAUUCAUGAAUGACCAGAAUAACGAGAGGUUAAAGUUGAGCACAAAGUGUGAAUCAUACUCAAUUUACCGCUUUAUGUGACAUGAAAAGUGUGUCUUCUUGCAAAAACUUUAAUUGAAGUGUGACGAAUAGUUGGAGCACAAACUCUUCUGUUCAAGUUAUGUGAUGCAAUUAAUCCUUUUUCUGGAAAUGACUAAAAUUGAAUUCCUUUAACUUGUGAUAAUAUCAUGAGGACGCGACUUAACCUUUUCGGAUGGAAAAUGCAAAACUCAAACAGUGCGUCACCGUUUCCCGUUCCCUUCUGCUCGCCCCCUAUGCAUCCGAGUCGUUUCCCCUUGGUCAGCAACAGCAUCUGGCACAUUUCGUUCCGAUUGAACUCUUCUGAUGUGCAACAGAUGCUCCGUUCUUUCCGUCCGUCCCCCACAUGUUCCAAUUCUUUUCAUUCCGUUCCCUCCUUUCCACGUGGCAUUCUCGGACGCACCAAACCUCAAGUAAUACGCAUCGCUUGCGUCUCUUAGUUUCGUUUCUUCCUUUCCCAUCUCUUAUUAUUUACGUUUGCUCUUCAUCUGCGAAACCGUAACCGGGCAAUUGAGAGCGGAGCACCGGAGAGACGCAGAGCGAGAGAGAAAGAGUGCGCCUUUUGGGGAGAACGAGGCAGCGAACGCAGGUACCCGGCCAGCCAGCCGGCUCUCCGCACUGUUCUUAUCGAUCGAAUAAUACUGUUCUAUUAUCAUGUCUUGGUAGGCUGAAAACAUACAAUUCCUGAUUACAAACAUAAAUAAAACUCUUCAGAUGUCCUGGAUGUUGCGCAGUCUCUCCGCCCGAUUCUCCAGGAAUCGACAGCCACAGCAGAGGAAUCAGAACCAGGACGCGAGCUUCGAUACCAAGAAGUUUGUGCAGUGCAAAGUGCUGCUCUUGGAUGGAGCCCAUCUGAAUAUUGUGGUCCCUGUGAGUUUGGUCCCGGCCGCUGACGGUGUUAUUGAGAUCAUUUCAGAGAAACGCAAUUGGAAGUGAGCUCUACGAAGAAGUGUUUUACUCUUUGGAUCUAGAAGAGAGAGACUAUUUCGGAUUGCAAUUCACCGAUCAGUUCAACGUCCAGCACUGGCUAGAACCUGCAAAGAAAGUAGUGAAACAAGUGGCGAUCGGCCCUCCGUUCACUCUUCGGUUCCGUGUCAAGUUCUUCACUGCCGAGCCUUCCAGCAAUCUGAAGGAGGAGCUUACGAGGUACCAAUUCUUCCUUCAAAUCAAGCACGACAUCUCGUCCGGACGUCUCCAAUGCCCUCAUCCGCUGGCUAUUGAGCUUGCUGCAUUUGCACUUCAGUGUAAGUUCGAAUAACCAUUUCCUUACUUAAUCCGUGGCCUUUCAGCUGAACUAGGAGACUACAACCCAGUGGAGCACACUCCUUUGUUUAUUUCCGAAUUCCGCUUUCAUCCGGAGCAAGAUGAAAAAAUGGAAAUCGAGAUAUUGGACAGAUACAAGGCUUGUCGAGCUCAGACUCCUGCUCAGGCGGAGUUGAAUUAUCUGAACAAAGCGAGAUGGAUCGAAAUGUACGGAGUGGAUAUGCAUACGGUUGAGGGAAAGGACGGAAACACGUACCGAUUGGGACUGACUCCCCAGGGAAUGCUCGUGUUUGACGGACCCCAGAAGAUCGGACUGUUUUUGUGGGAGAAGCUGCAGAAGUUGGAUUUCAAGAACAAGAAGAUCACUUUGGUGGUGGAGGAAGAUGCGGAUCAAUCGGUAGGCCUCCCUUUUCUCAUUAAAGGCAUCUCAUUGUUCGCGUUUUGCAGAACAACGGACAAAUCCAGCUGCACACUUUCGUCUUCCAUCUGACUUCCGAAAAAGCAGCCAAACAUUUCUGGAAGUGUGCCAUCGAGCAACACGCGUUUUUCCGUCUCAAAUCUCGUCCGGUUCAACCGAACAGAAAAAUGCAUUUCUUCCGAUUGGGCAGCACAUUCAAGUACAGAGGAAGGACGGAAUACGAGACUAUUCACAAGGAAGGAGCACGGCUUUCUCGUCGACAGUCUUGCUCUUUCGAGAGAAGACCCAGUCAGCGAUACGGUCCCCGACAGAGUCAUAUGACGAACGCACAAAUCAGAGAAGCGAAGAGGGCCGAAAUCAGGCAGCAGAUUGAGCAACAGAGAGCUCAUGCUCCGUCGGAUCCCCUUCCUCCGCUGCCAAUUGCUCCAACCCUUCCGUUACCGCCGUCACCGGACCUUACGAAACCCAUAAUAACCAACAAUAAUAAUCCGUUCAUUUCUGUCUCCGAUCCUCCCCCAUCACACGUCACAAAGAUCACAGUGGGCACGCUAGGUGGCUCAGAUCCGUCUUCUUCUUCUUCUUUGCCCUCCUCUUCCCACAUCCCUCGGCCCGUUGUCUCCACGUCUUCCUCAUUUUCCCAUCCUCCUCCACUUCCUGCUCAUCAGUCUUCCUCGAAAAUUCCCCGAAUGAGCAGUGCGUCGGAGCCGAGGAAGAACUCACAGCCACCACAACCGGCAGUCAGACUGCACACAUUUGAGGUGAGCAAGUUCUUCGUUUCAUAUCUUCUUCUGAACAUGCGGGAUUUCAGGAACCACGGAAAUACUCUCAAAACGGAUGUGCACCGCCCUCUCGGAUCGUGCCGCCCCUGCAGCAUCAACGGAGGAUCGUCACUGAUUUCUGA